AUUUUUCUAGGGAUUUUAUUAUGGUUCCCGUUCAGCCGGGCUUGGAAAAUUUUCGUCUUAUCCUGGCGUUUGCGGAUGAGGAAAGAUGUAUCCCGUAUCUAGUCGCGAGUUAAUGGAAGUGAUAUGUUCGCUGAGCAUGAAUGAUUCCGGGUUGAAUCUGAAUGCUGGGAAAUGGGCUCGCAGAUGCCGUCACGUUAUUCAGGAUGACUCCGACUCUACUAGUUCUUCCGUUGACUGUCCGGAAGAAGAAUCAUUUCCUAAUGAAUAUAAAUACAUUGAAAGUUUGCAUCCCGUUCAAAUGUUGGCGGGAUUGAACGAUCUCCGGAAAAGUGGUACAUUCUGUGAUGUCAAACUGAACGUUGAUGGGGAUAAUUUCCCUGCCCAUAAAGUGAUUCUCGCUUCUUUCAGUCCGUAUUUCAAGGCUAUGUUUAACACCCCGAUGGCCGAAGCAGAGCAAGACGUCGUUCAUUUGAGAGGUGUGGAAGCUCAAAUGAUCGGGUUGUUGAUCGAUUUCGCGUAUACGAGCGAAAUAAUUAUUACCCAGGCAAACGUGCAAAGUUUGCUUUCAGCUGCGAAUCUCCUCGAGUUUUCAUCCGUUCGUGACGCGUGUUGCCAGUUUAUGGAGAAGCACAUCGACGCACACAAUUGCAUCGGGAUCCAUUGUUUCGCCGAAGCGCACGCUUGCGAGCCGUUGCAACAAAAGGCUAAGGAGUUCAUCUUGAAAAACUUCAUGACGGUUUACGUGAAUGAAGAGUUCCUGAAGCUGAGUCAGUCGAAGUUGAUUGAGUGUUUGCGGGAUGAAGAUCUGAUUGCGGACAAGGAGGAAACCGUUUUUGACGCGGCGGAGAGAUGGUUGAAUCAUGACAUGGAAUUGCGCAAGGAUGAGUUUCAUCUGGUGUUGGAGAACGUACGUUUGGCCCUGCUGAGCCCGUAUUUCCUUCACGACCGCGUCGAGAAGUCGCCGAUCGUUCAAGCCUCGCCUCAGUGUCUCGCUUUUGUGGAAGAGGCCAAGUUAUUUCAUUUGCUUCCUGGACGUCGACCCGAAAUCAAGAGUGUGAGGUGUAAACCUAGAAAUAAUUCUACUGUCACUCAGGUUGCAGUUGCCGUAGGUGGCGAAGAUGCUAAAGUUGUCCUCAGAUCCGUUGAAUGCUUUUGUCCGACGAGAAAAGUGUGGAAAACGUUGGCUUGUUUGCCCUAUGCCAUUAGCAAGCAUGGUUUGGUUGUUUCCGGCGAAAACGUCAUGUACCUGGCUGGUGGAGAGUUUCCCGACGGAAGUGCAUCCAGGGCCGUCUGGAGAUACGACCCCGUAUUUGACCAGUGGCAGGAAAUGGCCCAAAUGCUAGAGCCGCGAUCUGAAUUAGGUCUCGCCAUGGUGGAUGGUCAGAUUUAUGCCGUUGGCGGCUGGGAAGGUUGUCAGAGACUCAAGACAGUAGAACAGUACAAUCCAGCGUCGAACACGUGGAAACUGGUGGCACCGUUGAAGUUGGCCGUCACUUCGCCGGCAGUGGUGGCCCACGCGGGCCAUUUGUACGUGACUGGCGGCGCCAUUCUCGAGGACGGCGACGGAAUUGAACUCGUACAACGUUACGACCCAUUGACUGACAAGUGGGUCGAACUCGCCCCGAUGCUCAUCCCACGCUCUGGAUCAGCAGCUUGUGUUCUCGGUGGCUUUAUUUAUAUUCUAGGAGGAUGGCACGCAUCAACGGAGAACACGAACAAGGUUGAGCGGUACAACAUUGCGGAGGACAAGUGGGAGUUCUGCGAACCGAUGGUCGAAAGAAGAUACAGGCCCGGCGUUUCUGUGAUCGAGAACCGAAUAUACGUGAUGGGUGGCGAAGAAGGCUGGGACAAUUAUCACGAGUCCAUUGAAAGUUACGACCCAGACAGCGAUUCCUGGGAAAUCGUGGCUGACAUGCAGAGUGCAAGAUCGUGGCUUUCCUGCGCUGCAGUUUUCAUUAGGAAAGAUUUAUUUAAUCAAGAGAAAUCUUGAAGAACCGCCCAGCUUAUUGAAAGGAAGGAAGCGAUUACAAAAUUAAAGGCUUUAUUGUACCCGUACUCCGGAAUAUUAAUGUGUUGAACCGAUCUCUGUCCAUCGAAGUAUGUGCUUGGCGUCGUUGGUCGAAAUUUUGAAGCCCUACCAUUUCUUUUUUAAAAGGGCUUCUUCGAUACUUCGCGACUGUAGUGAUAAUUCGUAUAUGAUUUGCUUGACGUUGAAUUACAAAAUGUCUUUGUUCCGA